AUUUUUGACAGCAAUAACAAAUCGCGCGUGUUUGUUUUGAGUUAGUUGCAGCGCGGUUCGCGGUCUGCCGGACGAUAGCAUAGAUACACAGUAAAAUCAGUGCAAAAAUGGCUCUAGCGAGGAAUAUAUUACGUCUGGCGUAUCGUCGAAGUGUGCUUCAACUAACGGCCCCCGUGUACACAAAGUUUUCCUCCCAUAUCACCAGCACAGGAAGCAAUCCACUAGUUCGUUCGCCAUUCUGUACCUCUACGACGGUAGCCGCCGAUUGUGCACAAAACGCCCAGACGGAUGAAAUCGGCCGGAUACAGCCGCGCAAAAUGAGCCUCAUAUUUACGUGCAAAGUGUGUAACUAUCGGAACAUGAAAAUGAUAUCGAAACAGGCGUACGAAAAGGGCGUCGUAAUAGUGACGUGCGACGGGUGCAGCAAUCACCAUCUUAUUGCAGACAAUCUAAACUGGUUUACCGAUUUGAAUGGAAAGCGCAACAUCGAAGAGAUACUGGCGGAGCGAGGGGAGAAAAUUACAAAAAUCUUUGAAAAGUAGUCUCAAUCCUGUGGAAUUGAGGUCCUGUUAAUAAAGCCCUAGUUGGAUUAAGUGUUUUACCGGUGAUGAAUUGAUAUGAUGUAGUGCGGUACUGUUCAGGAACUAUGUCGAUGAAAACAACGAUAAGCAGCUUUAAAAUCUUAUUAGAUAAAAAUAGUAGUUUCCUAUUGGAAUUUCAUUAGCUACGGUUAGAACUUAGAGCAUACCGGAUCCUAAGUAACUUAGUGCUGAUCGUUUGAUUUUAUCGGUGUUAUUAUUAGAAAGAAUUACUUUUUAAGAACAAAGUAUAGAUAGGUAAGGGUAUGAUACCUUAGUGAAAGCUUACCAACCAGCUACCAGUAGAAUAUCUCAGGUUGUAGAGCAAUGAUCGGUUCAAAAUGCUGGUACAUUAUCAGCGACUCGGCAUUUUUUUCUGAUUUAUGCAGUAGAGAUGUAAAGAUACAUAGGUGUUUGAGACCCAAAAUUAGUUUAAGUCAAACCUCACCAUGGACAACGACAAUCCGCUCAAAGCUGCCACGAAAGAUGAUAGAGGAACGAUAUAGAACGUUUUCCAACUAUUGAGUAAUGGAUUAGACUUGCUAGGCUUUGAUGGGCUAGUCAUGACAUGAGAAUGAUAAUGGACGACUCAGUCCGUAACAUGUUUUUAGUCUGUGCACGUGGUCAAAUAUGGUGCAAUAGACUCAAAUUGCGAUAGA